AGCACAUUUAGCUACAACAAAGGUGAUUCUUUAAAAAACGUAAAACAGACUUCAAGUUCAUAAUACAUCCAAUGUUAUUGACCUUGCAUUUCUGUAGGAUUCGAAUGAUGAAAUUAAUGAUUUUUUCCAGAGUUCUUCCGAGCAACAACUUCCCACCUUGUUUUCUGAUCGAGAUCAUUGUUCCAAAUGUCACAUGGAGAUUAAUAUUUCCGGACCAAUGAGAUUUUGUCCUUAUUGCGGAAGUAAAGUUGCUUCGUCCGAUGAUAUUGAGUUUGAGGAGUUUGAGAGUGACAGUGAUGAACCAGUUGAAUCGGAUCAUGAAACAGAUGAAAUUAAGGACGAUGAAAAUCCUCCUAAAAUAGACAAAUUGGCUUUUCGCGAAUCGCACCAUGCUAUUCCAGAUAAUGCGAAGAUGCAUUUGAAGUCAGGAAAAAUAGUUGAAGAUGUUCUUUUCGAUUUCGCCAAAGAUAUGGAGCAUGAACACCAUGCCCAUUCCUACAUUAUAAAUUAUGACGACGAAAAUGUCAAGGCAUUGUUCACCCAAACGGAGUGGAACGAAUUAACUGAGGAUCGAAUUAGGAUUCCAGGUGUUCCGCGUGAAAUUGGGGAGGAGCUGGUGAGAUACGGGAAGAAAACAUUAAGUGAGCUUCGUAAUUCCGUGUUGACAUCGUAUUUACAAGAUGGGACCAUCUAUGAUAUCAACAAGCACUACAAUCAGGAGUGGAUACAAAUGGCAGUGCGAACACUAGUAAAUCUAUAUGAAAAUAUAGAUGCCCCCUUAAUUAGAAACCAAUACGAAAAUUGGUUUACUGUCGCUUUUUUUGGGACGUGCAUCGACCUUUGUAUGAGGGAUAUUCAAUUAUGCACGGAUAUUAAGAGGACCGACGCACCAUCACUAGCUAGCGCCAACAGGAAAAACCGCGGUCGGUCAGGAAACACAAAAACCAGAAAAUUGACAGGACGCAAAAUCGAUGGGAUAGUAUACAUAGUUGACAGAAAUCUUGAAGUGGGUGUUAUCGAAGCGGCGAGAUCAUUUUUGGGUGUUUCGGAUCGAAAGUAUCUUCUUGAAACGUUCAAAAUGCCGAAAACGCUUCGAGAUAUGUAUGCUGAUCUUGUGAGAACAGCAAAUUAUGACGAACAAAAAGCUAAUAAUCUUCAGGUUUUCGGUAUUUUGCAUCUCGGUCUAUGGAUUCAGUUCACGAGAUUAUAUCGUGCCGGAGGAUCGAUUUGUAUUUUUAGGAAGGAUGUUGUAUCUCACCAUGUAGAUAGCAAAUUCUCUGAAGAUGGAAUAAAAUCUUUUCUAAAACUUAUGGCAGCAGUAUAUCAACAUAAGCUUAUUAUAAGGGAUAACUUACGUAUACUGAAUAUCCGGAAUGCAAAUAUUGAACCAGGAGAUGAUGAUGAUUUGCUAAAUGAUAUAUUAAAUGUUGGAAAUUAUUCUUCUACGUCACAAUCAUCGAUUGAACGUUUCGCCGAUUCUUGGCCCACCCCAAGAAAGAAAAAGAGACCAAAGAGUGAAAAUUCGAAGAAAAAGAGCGCAGUAAAAAAGAGAAGGUUGUAGAUAAGCUUCUAACCUUCCUGCUAACUUCUUUUGCUUUAUUUGCUUUCUAUACCUACUUUCUAUACCUUUGAUUGGUGAGUCAAUUUCUUUUCUCAAUUGCUCUUGCAAGUGACUAAUUUUACUCUUGAUUUGAGUUGUGAUUCAGAAUUUUGAUCUAUUGGUUUAUUCGAUAAAAAUGUUUGCUGGGUCUUGCUAUAAGAGACGGACACUUAAUAUAAGUUGCAAGGAACCUUUUUUAAUAUAGUGCGCUAAAAUGAAAAUGCAGUUCCCGAUUUUUUUAUUGUUCGCCUUGUAUUUUUUAACGUGUAUUUUACGAUGUGGAGAUGUAACAUGAUUGGAAAAUAAAACAGGCUUUUAUUGUAUAGACGUCGGUAUUUUUAUCGGUGUUCCGAAACAAAACGCGCAUGUGAUUUUUUUUUAUCUUAAUAAAAACACAAUUUGUAACGCCGGCAAGAAAAAUUU